AUGGCUACUGAAUUAACUGUUCAAUCUGAAAGAGCUUUCCAAAAGCAACCACACAUUUUCACCAACCCAAAGGCUAAAGCCAACAAGAAAACCAAGAGAUGGUAUAAAGAUGUUGGUUUAGGUUUCAAAACCCCAAAAGCUGCCAUUGAUGGUUCUUACAUUGAUAAAAAAUGUCCAUUUGCUGGUACUGUUUCCAUUAGAGGUAAGAUUUUGACCGGUACUGUUGUUUCCACCAAAAUGCACCGUACCAUCAUUAUUAGAAGAGAUUACUUGCAUUACGUUCCAAAAUAUAACAGAUACGAAAAAAGACACAAGAAUGUUGCUGCUCACGUUUCCCCAGCUUUCAGAGUUGAAGAAGGUGAUGUUGUCACUGUUGGUCAAUGUAGACCAAUUUCUAAAACUGUCAGAUUCAAUGUUUUGAAAGUCGCUGCUAGUGCUUCUAAAUCCAAGAAAUUCUCUAAAUUCUAA